CACACACUCACACUGAAAACAAAGACAAACAGCCUAUUGUCCACACACACACACACAGACACUGACACACACUCUCUUCACUGGACUCUGGACUGACCCGUCCCGCAGGACUCAGUUUCCCAUCAUGCACCAGAGGAGCCACUCAGAGCUCCAGAGGGUCUCGACCCAAAGGAUUACCCAGGACGGAGUUUUCUUGAGGAGCUCCGGACCCCAGAGUUGGGGGUCCUCGCGCUGCAGCCUCUGCCCAGUGGGGGGCGCUCCUCUGUGGGCAUGCAGGCUGCUCCUGGUCCUCCUGCUGCUUCCAGGAGCCUGGAGCUUCCUGAACGAGGAGCAGGAGGAGCUGCUGGUGGAGCUUCACAACCACUACAGAGGACAGGUGUCGCCCAGCGCCUCCGCCAUGCUGCCACUGAAAUGGGACCCUAGCUUGAAGCUGUUAGCAGAAGGCUAUGCGGCUAAAUGUGUCUGGAACCACAACCCGGAGCUGAAGGACACCGGAGAGAACCUGUUCGCUGGAACCGGAUCUCUGGACCUUCGAGAAGCUCUGGAGAAAUGGUUCCUGGAACAUCUGUAUUAUGACUUUAACAACAACAGCUGUGACGAAGACAAGAUGUGUGGACACUACACACAGAUGGUGUGGGCAGACACACACAGAGUGGGCUGUGCCUUUCAUCUCUGCAGUACCAUGGAGGGUCUAGGCUGGGAGAGAGUUUCCUUCCUCGUCUGUAACUAUUACCCACCAGGAAACUACGAUGACGUGCGUCCCUACGUUGAAGGAGACUGGUGUUCACAAUGUCCUGAAAACCUGCACGAGUGUGAAAACAACCUCUGUGUUGCUGAGGAGGAGGAGGAGGACGAAGAGGAUGAAGACGACCUGGACGACACAACAUGGGGGACAUUUCCUCCUUCUCCAGCGACGUCUGAUCAGGGAGAUGUCGUGGUUCCUCCUCCUGUAACAUCUGGAGUCACCACCACCGUCUCUGUGGACGACCCUGAGGUCACUCCUGAGCCACAGACACCGCCUCCUCUGGUCCACUCAACCACUGAGGGCGAGAAGAACAAGGCUGAGGAGAAGAAGAAGGAGGAGGAGGAGGAGAUGAAGACGAAGAAGAAGGACGAGGAGAGAAAGGAAACUGUAGAAAAGGCGGUCAAAGAAAGAGGAAGUGACAUAGUGAGAAAAAAUCCCAAGAAACCUCAACAAACAACGGGUGCUGGUUCAACAACGUCACCGUCGCUCCUGUUAGCAUCUCUGACUGCGCUCCUCGCUCUGAAGCUGUGACCAGGAGCAGGAGGAGGAGGAGCAGGGGGAGGAGUCAUCUCCUCCGGACCUUGUCAGUCCGUCCUGUGGUAACCGAGUGAAAUGGGUCAGUUAAUAAUUCAUCAUCAGAAGCCUGAUAACAGCUGUGUGAGGAAACCAUGUGACCUGCUGACAUCACACAUCACAUGACCUCGUUGACUUUUUAACGUGUUUUUUUUAAACCAUGAUGCUAAAAUGUUAAAGGUCCAGUGUGUAAGAAUGAAUCUGUGCAUUUCCACAAAAACUAGCAUUUGACUCCACCACACUAGGUGGCGCUGUUCCAGGCCACUUCUGGACAAUAAUGACAUCACAGAACUAAACAACCUUUAGCUGGCGGCUAGUUGUUAGCAUGUCCAGCUCAAUUUUGUGAGCUUCUAUAAGAUGACCCAGCAAACAUUCUGUCUAGAUUUCUACAUGUUUUUCUCGCUGCCUUCUUCUUCUUCUUCUUCUGUGAGCCUGCUUCUUCUACUAUUUCCAAAGGGUCAAAGGUCAAGGGGAGGGAACUGUGGAACCUGUGCAGAGCAUUUAGAACUGUUUGGAUUUUUGACUUUUUCAGUGAGUUAAAUUUCAUGUGUUUACGUGUAAUUAAGUCAGGUUUUUUUCUGACAUCAUGUUAACAAGUGACACCUAGUGGUGAGUCUCUAGAUUUUACUUCUAGAUCUUUUUUACCAAGUGAGAACAACUGUUCUUCAAUGUAAACACAAACACGAGCAUUUGACUCCACUACUCUAGGUGGCGCAGUUUCAGGCAUCUUCUGUCCAAUAAUGACGUCACAGAACAAAACAACCAUUAGCUGGCGGCUAGUUGUUAGCAUGUACGGCUCAAUUCCCUGUGUUUCUACCAGCCAUUAACUUCUUGAACCUGCUUCUUCUACUGUUUCCGGGUCAAAGGUCAGUUGGGGACAGGAAAAAUAAAGUUGAGUAGAAUUUCAGUCACAGUAAGUCAGUUUUUCUCUUCUUCUAACAUCAUGUAAACAUAAUGAGUGGUGAGAUUCUCUUCUUCUUAAAAGUUACGCACUGGACCUUUAAUGUCCACGGGCAGGAAGCGUAAAUGCAACGCAACGCAAAAAAAACAUCGAUACAGGGGAAAAAACUCAAAGUAUACGACUAAAAUUUACGAUGUAUAUAAACUGACUUACUUAAAAAAAUCAAGACCGACAAACUGAACUUAAAGUGACAUAUCGAUCGUUUGUGAUGCACAUACUGCUCAGUAGGUGGUGCUGCUGAGUCAGCAUGUGUUUUAAAGUUGGUAUACGUCCGUACGAUGAUAAUGAUCUAACUAUAUGAUUAGCGUCAGCAGCAUCCAUGCUAACAUAAACACUGACACAUCACAUGCUAACACUGAGCUCACAAGUGCCACCUGUUGGCCUCACGUUGACUGAUGACAUCAGCGAUGUUUAUUUUUAAAAUGGUGGAAAUGAUAAGUCUUCGAAGAUUUUACAAAUGAUCUGCACAGGUAUUUUUUUAUUUAGAUGUUUGACACAAGCUAGCUCUUGCUUCUUGUUUUUAUGCUAAGCAAGGCUCAUGAUAUCUAAAAUAUUCUUGGAACUGGAAACACAUAUCUUUCAUCUUCCUUAACUUUUUGUUUUGUUUUUUAUUCUUUUUAAGCUAGAAGUUUUAAACAAGCUAGCUCUUGCUUCUUGUUUUAUGCUAAGCUAGGCUCAUGAUAUCUAAAAUAUUCUUGGAACUGGAAACACAUAUCUUUCAUCUUCCUUAACUUUUUGUUUUGUUUUUUAUUCUUUUUAAGCUAGAAGUUUUAAACAAGCUAGCUCUUGCUUCUUGUUUUAUGCUAAGCUAGGCUCAUGAUAUCUAAAAUAUUCUUGGAACUGGAAACACAUAUCUUUCAUCUUCCUUAACUUUUUGUUUUGUUUUUUAUUCUUUUUAAGCUAGACGUUUUAAACAAGCUAGCUCUUGCUUCUUGUUUUUAUGCUAAGCUAGGCUCAUGAUAUCUAAAAUAUUCUUGGAACUGGAAACA